AUGCAAGGAAACAGCCGUGAGGAUCUGCGAGGGGAUGGGGGCUGUGAGGGAGGGGAGGUCCGCGAGCAGAAAGGCGACAAGCCGAGGCCGCGCACAGGCGCCGAGGGGCACCGCGCCGCGGCUGUUCCCGCCCCGGGUGGCCGCGCGGGCGGCGGGGCGGUUCCCCGGGCGACGGCGGCGGGGCGACGUCAGCGGCGGCAGCGCGGGGCGGGCGCGGCGCGGGCCGGGCCUGGCGCGGCGGCGGCGACGGGGCCGGGCUGGUCGGCGGCGGCUCUGGCUUCGCAGGCGCUGGCUCUGCUGCUCAUCUUCGCCCUGUCGGCGCUGGGCAACGGCGCGGUGGUGCUGGUGAUCGCCCGGCACCGGCAGCUCCGCACGGUCACCAACGCCUUCGUGCUGUCGCUGUCGCUGUCGGAGCUGCUGGGCGCGCUGCUCUGCCUGCCCCUCGCCUUCCUCAGCCUGCUGGGCCGUCCGCCCGGCGCGUGGCUCUUCGGCCAUCGCCUGUGCCUGGCCAGCGCCGCGCUGCACGCCGGGCUGGGCAUCGCCGCCACCCUCACCAUGGCCCUGCUCUCCUUCGACCGCUACUGCGCCAUCGUCCGCCAGCCCCGACGCAAGAUGGGUCGCCGCCGCGCCGCGCAACUGCUGGCCGCCGUCUGGCUGGCGGCGCUGGGCCUGGCCGGGCCGUGGUACGGGCUGGCGGGCGAAGGGCGGCGGGAAGCCCGGCACGGCGCGUACCGCUGCGUCUACGUGCUGCCGUGGGGCUCGUCGCGGCUGGGCCCGCCUUACGGCGCGGCGCUCAUCGUGCUCUGCUACCUGCUGCCCUUCGCCCUCAUGUGCUUCUGCCACUACAACAUCUGCCGGGCGGUGCGGCUGGCCGAGAGCCGCGUGAGGCCCCUGGCCACCUAUGGGAACCUGCUGCGUGCCUACGGGGAGAUGCGCACAGCCACCACCGUCCUCAUCAUGAUCGUCUCCAUCAUCUGCUGCUGGGGGCCUUACUGCAUCCUGGGGCUGGCAGCCGCCGCCGGCCACCUGCCCUUCUCGCCCACCAUGGACGCGGUGGCCAGCGGAAUGGCCUGGGCCAAUGGGGCCAUCAACCCACUCAUCUACGCCGCCCGCAACCCCAACAUCUCCGUGCUGCUGCGACGCAGCCGUGAGGGUGGCUACAGGACUAGGAACAACGUGGCCGCCUACCUCUCGGCCACAGGCCGCCGGCCAGAGCCCCGCAAUCGGGCCGAGCGCGUGCGGGAGCGCUACGUCAACCAGCACGGCGGGCCUCCUGGGAGCGCCCCGUCCUCAUCUGGUCCGGCGAAUGGAGGAGAGGUGGCCAUGUGGGCCUGCAAGAACCCGGCCGUGCUCUUCUGUCGGGAUGGGCAGCCAGACACCGUCUCCGAGGCUGCUUUGCAGGGCAGAGUAGACGCUGUCAACACCAGCCUGUGA